CUCAAUUCUUUCAUUUACUUUGAACUUGGAAAGGUUUUAAGGUAGGGAUAAGUUGGUGCCACGGCUGCACAAAGCGACUGCCCUUUCCUAAUUAGUUACUGGUAAGAUAAAAAGCUUCGCGUCCAUGUGAAUUUGUUUUCAUUAGUUCAAUAAAAAGACAGAGUCAAAAUUAACACCGUAGUAGUUUCUUUUGUUCUUCAAGAACAGAGAGCUAAUAGGUCGUUGUUUGAUGGCAGUAGCCGCAUUUUGCAGCUUCCUCACUUCCACUGUUCAUAACCGGAGCCGUAUCAGCUCUCCCAGGACCAUUUUGGUGCCACCUACAGCUGAAUCACUUGGCUCUCUCAAGAAAUGCACGAACAACAGAUAUAACAUCUUGCAUACAGCUUUACCGUGUCAAGAAUCAAGGCGGCCACAACAACAUCAAAGACAUUUGUUACUUUGUGGCAAAGAAGCUGAGCAACAGUCAGGCACUGCUAUCAUUGUGGAGGAAAAUGUUAGUAGAGCAACUUUGAUAUGGAGGGCAGCCAAACUUCCAAUAUACUCUGUUGCGCUCAUUCCUCUAACUGUGGGAAGUGCAGCUGCUUAUUUGCAAGCUGAAUUCUUUUCUGCCACCCGUUAUUUUUCGCUCUUAGCUUCAUCCAUUCUUAUCAUAGCGUGGCUAAACUUAAGCAAUGACGUUUAUGAUUUUGACACUGGAGCAGACAAGAAUAAGAGCGAGUCUGUUGUUAAUAUAGUUGGCAGCCGCACAGGAACACUAGUUGCUGCUUAUGUAUCACUUUCUCUUGGCUUCUAUGGCCUUGCAUGGGCUGCUCUACAGUCUGCAAACAUUCGUUCUAUACUACUAUUGGCAUCCGCAAUUACCUGUGGUUACAUAUACCAGUGCCCUCCAUUUCGGCUGAGCUACCAGGGAUUGGGUGAGCCUUUGUGCUUUGCAGCAUUUGGUCCAUUUGCUACUACUGCUUUUUACUUGCUUCAGAGCAAAACUAGUGAACUACUACCCAUCACUGGCACUAUCCUUUCGGCAUCAGUUCUUGUAGGUCUGACAACGUCCCUGAUCUUAUUCUGUAGUCACUUUCAUCAGAUUGACGGGGACAGAAGUGUUGGAAAGUAUUCUCCUUUGGUAAGGCUCGGUACAAAAGCAGGUGAGGAGGUUGUUAAAGUGUCUGUUAUCACGAUCUAUGCUCUACUGUUUGUUCUUGGAUUAACCAAAUUUCUUCCUUCUGCAUGCAUUGUUCUCUGUGGCCUAACAAUUCCUAUGGGAAGAAUGGUGAUUAGCUACGUGGAAAAGAACCACAAGGACAAAACAAAGAUAUUUAUGGCGAAGUAUUACUGCGUGAGGCUUCAUACUUCGUUUGGAGUUGCUCUGGCUGCUGGAUUGGUGGUGGCUAGACUCUUUGCUCGGAAUUACAAUUUGAAGGCUACUCUUCUCACUUGAACCUUCUUUGCACGCUGGUAGGAAUGGAAUAGGACAAGUUUUGGUCGAACAAAGUCAAAAACUUAGACUUAUGCAAGUAAUGCAAGCUCUCGCUUUACACACAUGUGGUUCUGGUUCUAGACCCCAUAGAAGCCCAACCUUGGGAUAUAAAUAUAUAAUAUAUCUGUUGGCCUGGCUUCGGUAAACCUAAAUUUGGAAUAGGCAUCCAAACGUUCCAGAGAGAAGAGUGAGCCGCCCUUUGAUUAUAGCAAUAUUGAAUAUCAUGAUCUGUAAACGUUCUUCAUCCUUUUUGUAUUCAUUACUACUAUUAUUGCUCAUUUACUUUUUGAAAUUUUCAUUUAUAUAUGUGAUGUGAUUGUCGUCAUAUUUGGGAACUAACACUUUACCAGUUACCGCUUCAAGUAUGUAAUAGAAUUAAUAAUAGGGUUAUUUAUGUACUUUACAUUAAACCUCUUUACUAUAAAUAUAUCU